AUGUUAAGGGCGAUAAACGAUGUGCUGCGCAUCUCCCAACGAAGGAUAGCCACGGGAGUGCCUAUCAAUAAAAUCAAGCUGACGUCGUCGCGGUCUUCCGGGCCCGGCGGGCAGAGUGUAAACAAGUCGGAGACCAAGGUACAGGCGAGAUUCAACGUCGAACACGAUUGGUGGUUGCCCCCGGAAGUCAGAGACAAGUUCAGAACACCCAAAAUCAGACAACUGCACAAAAACAAAAUCACACGAACUGGCGACUUCGUCGUAGAGUCGGACGAACAUUCAAGCCAGGAACAGAAUAGAAAGGCCUGCAUAGAGAAAAUAAAGGCGGCAAUACGCCAGGCGGAGCAAUAUGAACCCGAAGAAAAACUAUCAUUUCUAGAGCAGAUAGAGCGCGACAAGACCCCGAAAGAGAUACGGGAGUACAAGCAAAAACGAAGAGAGAGCAAACGCAAACUCAAGCAAAUCGGGCAUAAAACCAUGCACGAUUUUUGA